UGCCCUCUACUGGAAUGAAUGUCAAAGCUGCUCAAGUGUGAUCAUUUCCCUUUCUAGUGACUGCAGCCAGAGGAUAAAACAUAAACUACCGCAGUGAAACAAUUGACAUUGCGUUUACGUUGUCUUCAUGUAUCAUGAAGAAAUAUCCAAGCAUAUUUCUUCAGUCUAGGAGAGAGAGAGAGAACAUGAUCCAGUGGCUGGAAGUUGAAGCUAGACGAAUUCAGACUGAACAUGAGGCGUACAUUUUUAACUGUCAGUGACACAAAAGGCAGUCAGUGAACUGGAUUAUCUGAUCAAGGACGUUAGAAGAACUUGUAUAUGCAGUUAUGUCAGUUAUUUCUGAGUAGCCAGCAUGAGAUGUGGUGGUACCCAGUUCAGCCUCUUGAUACUGGGUUUUAUACCUUCUGAGUAUGUUCCCAAAGAACCCGUUCUCCGUAUUCGCUAAACUCUUCAAGAUCCUAAAGAUCCAUGAGAGAAAAGAAACACUGUAGUUAUCAGCAUUCAAAAGGCACGACACAGGCUUAAAUAUAUGCAAAGCCUUGGAGAGACUGAAGAAAUUUACUGACUAUAUUGCAGAAAGCUUCUGACAGGCGCAUCGCAUCUUUGAAAGAGAUUGGAAAGAAAAUUGUAGGUGAUUAUUUGAAACUAAUGUAUUUUAGACAUUUGAAAUCUGAGAUGCACUAGAGUUUAGAGACCUUCGUUUGAUUAAGACUGUUCGCUAUCGCUACAAUCCAUGAAGGAGAGUAGUGCAAGUUCUGACACUGCUCUUUAUCCACCAGUGAAGCCUUCCCCCUCAAUUCUACAUCUCUGCAUCCUCCUCUCAAGUGAGAAUUCUUCAGAUAACGAGGAACCCUGCAUCUUUAAUGGCAAAUAUGACUGGGAACAGCUUGUAAGGUAUGGUGUGAAUAUGCGUUGCUUGGCAGCUCGGGUCAACUAUAAGACUUUGAUCAUCAUCUGCGCUCUCUUCACUCUGGUCACAGUUCUGCUGUGGAAUAGAUGCUCCAGUGAUAAAACGACUCAGUUUCCCCGAAACCUGAACAAUGGCUUCCGAGUAGAUGGAUUGGAAAAACGAACAGCUGCAUCUGAAAGUAACAACUAUGUAAACAACCUAGCCAAACAGCAGAGCGAGGAGGCAUCCCCCCAAGAGCAACAGAAAGCACCCCCUGUGGUUGGAGGGUUCAAUAGCAAUGGAAACAAAGUUUUGGGACUUAAAUAUGAAGAAAUUGACUGUCUGAUCAAUGAUGAGCAUACAAUUAAAGGGAGGAGAGAGGGCAACGAGGUCUUUCUGCCCUUCAGUUGGGUGGAGAAAUACUUUGAGGUUUAUGGGAAAAUUGCUCAGUAUGAUGGCUAUGACAGAUUUGAGUUCUCUCAUAGCUACUCCAAAGUAUAUGCACAGAGAGCACCUUACCAUCCCGAUGGAGUCUUCAUGUCCUUUGAGGGCUACAAUGUAGAAGUUCGCGAUAGAGUGAAGUGCAUAAGUGGUGUUGAAGGUGUGCCAAUGUCCACACAGUGGGGACCUCAAGGCUAUUUCUACCCAAUCCAGAUUGCACAAUAUGGGCUAAGUCAUUAUAGUAAAAAUCUGACUGAGAAACCACCUCACAUAGAGGUGUACGAAACAGCUGAAGACAAGGACAAAAGCAGCAGACCUGUUGAUUGGACUGUACCAAAAGGCUGUUCUGUUUCGACAGUAACUGAUAAAUCCAGGUUCACUAAUGUUAAACAGUUUGUCGCUCCAGAAAAUUCUGAAGGGGCGUCUCUGCAGGUUGGGAACUCAAGAGAUUUUAUUAUUUCUUUUGACCUCAAAUUCAUCACAAAUGGGAGCAUAUCUGUGGUUCUAGAAACAACUGAGAAGAACCAGCUCUUCACCAUACACUACGUCUCGAACACUCAGCUGAUCGCUUUUAAAGACCGAGAUAUUUACUAUGGCCUUGGACCUAGGACCAGUUGGAGCACAGUCACUAGAGAUCUGGUGACUGACUUAAGGAAAGGAGUUGGUCUCUCCAACACAAAAGCUGUGAAGCAGACAAAAAUAAUGCCUAAGAAAGUGAUUCGGUUGAUCACGAAGGGAAAAGGCUUCAUUGAUAACAUCACUAUAUCGACAACUGCCCACAUGGCGGCUUUUUUUGCCGCGAGUGAUUGGCUAGUGAGGAACCAGGAUGAAAAAGGUGGCUGGCCAAUUAUGGUGACACGGAAGUUAGGGGAAGGGUUUAAAUCUUUAGAGCCUGGCUGGUACUCUGCCAUGGCACAAGGGCAGGCCAUUUCAACGUUAGUCAGGGCUUAUCUGUUAACAAAAGACCACACAUUCCUCAACUCAGCUUUACAGGCAACAGCACCUUACAGGCUCCCAUCAGAGCAGCAUGGAGUGAAAGCUGUCUUUAUGAACAAACAUGACUGGUAUGAAGAGUACCCAACCUCCCCUAGCUCAUUUGUUUUGAACGGUUUCAUGUACUCUCUGAUUGGACUGUAUGACUUAAAAGAAACUGCAGGUGAGAAGCUAGGGAAAGAGGCAAAGUCUCUCUAUGAUCGAGGAAUGGAGUCCCUCAAAGCCAUGCUGCCGCUCUAUGAUACUGGCUCAGGAACGAUCUACGACCUCCGUCAUUUCAUGCUAGGCUCUGCUCCCAACUUGGCCCGGUGGGACUACCACACCACCCACAUAAACCAACUCCAGCUAUUAAGCACGAUUGACGAGUCCCCAAUUUUCAAAGAAUUCGUCAAGCGAUGGAAGAGCUACCUUAAAGGUGGCAGGGCAAAGCACAACUAGAGCUCACAACCAAAACCCCGUUUCAGCUGUCUGCUGUUGACAGGAAUUAUUGGACUCCUUAAAGCUAAACAAAGGUACAUUUUAAAAGGUUGCAUACUAAGUUUUUUGUGAACUAUUUCAAAGUGGUCCUCAAAACUGAUCUUCAGAAAGUAAUUGCAUUCCAGUGUGAGAAUACUUUGGUCUGGGAGGUGGAGUUUGAAGCAGGGGUCCAGUCAAAGGACUGAAUAAAAGCUGGUACUUUAUAUUGUUUACCUGCCCAUAGUGUUCCAUAGCGAAAUUAUUCGCACUGAACAAAAUCCAUUUGUACUCCUGAGUUGGGGGGGGGGGGAUUUCUUAUUUUUUCCUUUUUGUAGGAAAAAGAUAAUUUACAGAAGCCAUAUAGGUCUCUAAAGUCCAGCACUUGCCUGAAAAGUUAGUAUGUGGCCUCUUUUAAAAUGGAAUUAUCUGUAUAUAUGUUGGAAACAGAAUUACAGAUCAUGUGAUGUAAUGCAGUAAAUGUGUAUUUACUUGUAACCUGGGUAGUCGACAGUGUAUCUCUUUAAAAGUGUUUCUCUAAUACAAAUUUUUUUCUUGGGGGGGGGAAAUACACAAAAUUUGUUUUAAAUUCUAUAUAUUGAGAAAUAUGUUGAACAUAUGGUUUCUUUAAAAAGAUGUGUAAGUGGAAAACACACACAGCCAGCAUUCAGGCUUGUUAAGUUAUGUAAGCACAACUCAAGGUGGGAUUAGUUGACUGCACAAAAACUGCAAGCAUACCAUUGACAUUUGAAUUUACAAUCAUAUUUGAGGCUUGCUAAUCAACAUUCCCCCCCAUGUAGUUGGAAUCUCUUGUUGUGAAAUCUGAUGUUUUGUACUGUAUUUUCACCCACACUUGAGAGGUUUCUGUAUCAAUAUGAUUUUUUUCUAGUGAUUUAAUUUUUAAACUGUUUUUUAAAAAGUGGAUCAAGCAUUUUAAAUGUUAAAAUUAAGAUCUAGGUCUCUACACUUAGUUAUACCCACAAUAUUGGCUUAAUUUUUUAUAUUGUCAGUUGCUCUGACAAGUGAGGAAGAGUACUUGUGCAAUAACUGAAUGUGUUGAACCCGUGCAUUCAGUGACAUACAUUAUUGUUCAGAAUUAACCUGAAAUGUCCUUUUUAUAUCUAUAAAGUCUUUUCACUAGCCAUUAGUCUUUCAUUUCAACAUGUGUAGGGCCCUAUCAGAUUCAUGGCCAUGAAAAAUGCAUCGUGGCCUGUGAAAUCUGAUCUCCCCCAUGAAAUCUGGCUAUUGUAGGAGAAGGGCAGGGCUGGGGGCACCCCAGCUGGAGCCUCCUACCAUGGGCGAGGCUCCAGCUGCUAGUCCCAGCCCAGAGUGUGGAGGGACAGGACUUCCUCUUCACCUGCAGGGGCCGCUCUCAAUCCUGGGUCAGACCCACCUCCGUGACCUUCCCCACCUGCAGGAAGUGCUGCAGCUGCUGGCUGUGACAGCCCCCUGACCCAAGCAGAGAGGCUGUGGCCCCAGCUGUCAGCGCCCCCAAUCCUGGUGGCGAGGCUGCUGGAAAAACCUGGACAUGUGUUAAUCCACCUACCCAUGCCUUGCAACCUUUGCUUCUGCACUGCUGGUGGCAGUGGUGCUGGCUUUAGAGCUUGGCAUCCAGCCAGCAGCAGCGCAGAAGUGAGGGUGGCAAUCCUGCUGCCCUCUUUUGGGUCAGGACCCCCACACUUACAACACUGUAAAAUUUCAGAUGUAAUUGUAUGAAAAUGUGAAAUUGACUAUUUUUAAAAUCCUAUGACCGUCAAACUAACUAAAAUGAUCUGUGAAUUUGGUAGGCCUCUAAACGUGUUUUGCCUCCUUGUACUUCGGAGAGAGUAAACAAACCAACUCAUGUCAUUGGACCAACAGUGUUUUUAUGGUAGUGCAUCACUAAUAUCUGCUAAUAUUUUGGUCAGUACAGAUUAUGAAUCCCAAACCUUUUAAGUUGUAGACACAUUCCAGCAUGGUAAAGUACACCCGCUAGUUAACAGAUUUUUUUUUUCUGUUGGUCCUGUUGUACGUUCCUAAUGUUUGUGUGGUUUAAAAAAAAUACCAAGGAGAGUGUGAGUGGGGAGAGAUGUUUGUAUUAGGGACAAAAAAAAUUCAAACCACUGAAAGGAGAGAUGUGGCAGAUCACAGUAAGACUUUAAAAGCCUUUUCUAUUUUGCUCACCAAUGUACAAAACAGGUUUGUAGUUCUUUUGAUCUUUGCAAACACAUAACAUGAUCGUAUUGAUUCCAACAAAAAGUAGAUGUCACAGCAGAACUAUUUUGAACCCUAAAAUCUUUAUCAAUACCAAAGUGUUCAGAGAGGAGAUUUUCCUCAAAUUACAAAAAAGAAAAAAAACAAACUACUUCUCCGAUAGCUGAUCACUAUCUGAGAGUGAAAGAGACAUCUUUCUGGUGUGUUUCCUCAACAUUAUACUGAUUUUGAUUUGGAGAAUCAAAUGAGAAGGUUUGGGUACUGCUUCUGUGACAAAUAUCAGUGCCUUAACAAUGUGAACACCUUUUCCUAGUGAUUAGGAAAAGUGUUUAAAAACAAAUAGUGGCAUUGAUCUUUCCAUGUUUCAUACCUCACAUUGGAGUCCAUCCAGCAGCAGACAGAUUUGUUAAGAAACAUAGGUUAGUCAUUUCAGCUGAGAAACUGAUGUACCAUUCUAUUUUUAAAGCAAUCUCCAUUGCAUUUUUGUUGUUGGAGUGCAUAUGCAUGUAAAUUAAGCAAUCAGCCAGGAGUGUUUAUGGAACCUAAAGCAUGGAUUCCUCUUCGUUUUAAAAAAGAAGUGGGCUCUGGGAGAGCAUUAAUUGACACCAGUGCCGGUAAUUUCAUGUAUUUGUUUUCACUGUAUAAUAAUCCCUUUUGUACCUCUGUUUUUAAACUGACAGAAGAUCUUAGAUGCUAAGGUCUAUUUAACCCAUUCGCUAGGAUUAUUGUACAUAUAUCAUCAGAAACACAGUGCACGUGGGUAUAUGCAAACCAGUGACACAAGCACAACUAUAGAAGUGUGGCAGUGCUGUUUUUCUUGGCCAUUGUGUGAGACAUUCACUGAAAGCUGCUAUUUUCACUCACUUUGUAAUUGUACUUUAUUCUUUUCUACAUUUGACAUGGGGGGUACACACCAUGUGUUAAAUAUGCAAUAAAUUGUUUACAGGAUGCCCUUCUAAAGGGUAGUCCUUUGUAAAGCUUGUAUAGACUUUGCAGUUUAAGCACAAUGUGCACAUGUUAGUUUUAUAUACAGCAAGACAUGAUUUUUGCAGAGGGAAAGAGGUACUAUUAUGUUUAUAUACAAAGUAAAUGGAUCAACAUUUGUGCUUAAUGUAAAGCUGCUUUAUAAAAUUGUAAAAUAAAAUUUUUUAUCUUAAGA